AUGAACCAGCAACUCACAAUUGAUGAAUUAGCUCAAGUAUUUCCUGGAGCUUCUUCACUCGCCUAUAUGGAUGAGGGGUGCUCUGAGAAGGUCGUUGUACCUGCCAAUGAUGGCGUCUUUAAAACGCCAGUGGGAGGAUGGGACAAAGCUGGCAGGACAUUUUAUGUUGUUGAUGGUAAAAGAGGAGCAGACGAUAACGAAACGCGCAUUACGGAAAUUAUGCAAAAUAUUCGGACCCAAAAGAAAAAGCCACGCACCGAGGCGAAGGAUAGCACGACAAGUAUUGCUUCAAGAGACAAGGCGGAAAAACGCUCCUAUACCAGGAGCAAGAAUCCAAAGAUUCGUGUUGGUUGGCGUCACUUUAAGAAUGGCGCUUUCAAGCAAGUGUUCUUCAAAGACGGUGGGGGAGUAAGGGAAAUUCCCUUAACAACAUUGGACUGUACCAUUGAAGAAAUUGUUCACUUGUCAACGAAAGUAUUCUUUCCAAAAGGAAUCUCAAGAUAUGGCAAGAUAACAGAUAUGCUGACCUCUCUUGGUGAUUUUGCUGGCGAUACCAUUGAGAAGUUUGACUCGGAAGGUGAAGGUGAUGAAACUUUGGGUACCUAUUUGCAUGCAAAAGGACUACACAUCUCAAGGUGCACGUUCUAUAUCAUGACCAAAGCGAAUCAGGAUAUUGCCGAACCUACCCCCUCCUCAGCAAGCCAAUCAGCUAGUUCCGUUACUGACCAGCCGGAGAACCAAAUUUACAACGAAGGAGCAGAAUACCCCACGCUCGAGGAAACUCCUAGGCAUGCAGAAUCAGCAACCAGUCUGACUAAGGCAACGUUGGACGGCUCCGUUUCUAACCAGUCGGCCACUGUCAGUGUCAGGCAAUUCGGUACAGUAUCCUAUAGGAAAUGCCAUUCGAUUGCCCAGUGCAAGGACGUCACGUCCAUGGAUGAGCCUGUUGUCGAAGAUGAUUACAAUCCGGUUAUGAAUGGUUUCUCUGUUGGUCGUAUAGAAGUGGCUGGAAGGUGCUUCAUUGAUACCGUAUUUGAUGAAGAUACAUCGGUCGUGAAGAAGCGCUGCAUUUUCCCCUCAUCUAAAGACGGCGUCGAUGGGAUAAUUGUGCACAGUCCGCUAGAAGUAUGGGGACAAGAUGAAAACAACCUUGUAAUUGGGGUGGUCACUGGAGAGAGUGAUGAAAUACUUUACGAAUGGUACAAAGACAAUAUGUCCAUUGCCAAAGGCCCGACAGUUAGCCUGAUCAUCGUUCAGGAACCUGGAGUAUAUUCCUGUCAGGUGUCGUUUGCCAAUCUUUCUCAGAUGUCCAAAUCGGUGCAGAUUAUUUCUGUCACAGAGACAGAGGAUGCGAAAGAACAGGUUGAUCCCACACCAGGAAAUUCCACUGCUGUUCCAGAAGUUGCCGUUGAAGAGCUGAACAUCAAUUAUCAAUCCACGUUAGGAGUUGGAUCUUUUGGAACCGUAUGCAAGGGAACCUGGGCUGGCUCCGAAGUAGCAGUUAAAAAGGUGCCAAUCAACAAGAGGAGCAAAAUAGCUAUGAUGCGCCAAGUUGAAAAAGAAAUAGAAAUCAAUACCAGGUUGAGGCACCCAAAUAUUGUGCAGUUUUUGGCUGUUGCCAGAGAAACAUCUGCUGUUCAUCUUGUACAUGAAUAUAUGAGGGGAUGCAACAUGGAGGACGCAAUCUUCGACGAACAAACAAAAAUGGAUAUGCAAAUAAAUGCCGAAGACAAAAUAUACAUUGCUAGGCAGUGUGCGCAGGGGUAG